AUGUUGGGUCUUCCCUUGUCAGAACCUGGAUGCCAAACACGAGAAAAAAAGGGAAUUUGUUAUUUUGCUGAGUCAGAGAAGCUGAAGGUUUUUGGUUUCCUCCUACAUCUGUUUGAACUUGAGUCUAGUUCAAGUCAGGUUGCAAUGAAGUGUUUCCUAUUUUACUUUGGAGAGAAGAAGGAUGGUCCUAAGAGAUUGCAGUCGAUAUCGGGUCGGUCCAACAGUUCUACUUAUGUCGAGGCUGAGAUGAGAAGAUCCGGUUCUGAAUUGAACUCUAUGGAUGCCUCAGACACCAGCACAGACUCCCUUAGGAGAAGUGCAUUUCCCAGUUUGUCGCAGAGACCCAGCAACCUCAGAGUAUUUUCUGUAUCCGAACUAAGAACAGCCACAAGGAGUUUUAGUCGCUCUGUAAUGCUUGGAGAGGGUGGGUUUGGGUGUGUCUACAAGGGGUUGAUGAAGAGUGUAGAUGAUCCUUCCACAAGAAUUGAAGUUGCAGUUAAACAACUUGGCAGAAGAGGAAUUCAGGCAUAA